CAUUUCCGCCACACUUGAUCGAUGUUAUCUUUAUGUUAGACAAUCUAAAAUUUACUAACACAGUAGUAAUUUUAUAUUUGAAUAUGAAUGUAAUUUGUUUGUGUUAUCAACUGAGAUCAAUAGUAAAUAAGAAUUAAAAUAAUUAUAUUUAAAUUGAAAUUUUUUUAAAACAAGUGUUAAUCAUAUGCAUGGUCGGUGAAGUGGUUGCUACAAAACGCAGCAUUCUGGUUGACACGAUUCCAGCUCCUUUUUUCUUCAGAAAAUGAAAACGUUAAUAUUCUUAUAUUUAACAAUUAAUGUUAUGUUAUUAACAUAUGAAGGAAACUGUCAAAUUUUAAUUUCUUCGCGGGACAGGCAAGAAGUAAAAAAAUCGCAAUCACAAGUAUCUUUGUCUGAAUAUCAAGAACAAACAUUAGAAGAUUUAAUUGAUUCAGUUUUUGAUAUAAAUCAAGAAUCACAACAAUCUGAAACUAUUUAUUUGAAUAAAACUUCAAAUGAACAAAAAUCUUCUAAUCAAAUAGAAAAUUGUAAAUGUGUACCACGUAAUCAUUGUAAAAUUGAACAAAUAAGAACCGGCUCUUGUACUAGUAACGAUGUUUUAUGCUGUAUCGAAACUAUUCAUACAACAACGCCAAGAGUUUCACCAAGUCCACAGUUUAUUUCUGGUGGGUGUGGGAUAAGACAGCCUGAAGGUGUUGGUUUUCGUGUAGCUAGUAAAAAAAAUGAAGCAUUUUUCGGUGAAUUUCCAUGGAUGGUUGCUAUUUUGUUUGAAACUACUCUUGAGGGCAAUCAUAAAUUUAAUAUUUAUCAAUGUGGAGGAUCAUUAAUUCAUCCAAAAGUUGUAUUGACUGCUGCGCAUUGUGUCAACAAUCAAACUAAUCAUAAAUCGUUAAAGAUACGCGCUGGAGAAUGGGAUACUCAAACUGUGAAUGAAUUAUUUUCACAUCAAGAUCGUAAAGUUGCUUCUGUCCAAAUCCACGAAGAAUUUGUUAAUGGACGAUUAUAUAAUGAUAUAGCACUAUUAUUUUUAGAAACGCCUGUGGAAAUUUCUGAAAACGUUGAUGUUGUAUGUUUACCCCCAAAAAAUGUACAAAUUGAUUUGUCAAAAAAAUGUAUUGCUACUGGAUGGGGUAAAGAUGCAUUCGGUCAAGAAGGCCAGUUUCAAGUGAUUUUGAAAAAAAUUGAAUUACCUUAUGUACCACGGAAAGAGUGUAUAGAAUCGUUACAAAAAACACGUUUGGGUAAAACUUAUAAAUUACACGAGAGUUUUCUAUGUGCCGGUGGUGAACCAGGAAAAGAUACUUGUAAAGGUGAUGGCGGCAGUCCUUUAGUAUGCCCAAUUCGUAAUAAAGCAAAUCAAUAUCAACAAGUUGGCAUCGUGUCCUGGGGUAUUGGAUGUGGGGAAAUCAAUACCCCAGGGGUUUAUGUGAACAUACCAUAUCUGAGAGAUUGGAUCGAUGAAAAAAUGCUGGCUAACAAUCUUAAUCAAAGUACUUACAUAUCUUAGCAAAAAAGAACAAUAUACAAUUGUUUGAUAUACUUGUUGUUGUGGAAAGCCAAAAAUUAGUUGUUUCAUAAUAAUUUAUAAUUAAAAAGUUCCAAAAACUAAUCAAAAAGUUUGAUGUAGUUUUAACGUUGCUCACAAAACUUUUACGAAAACUUUGUAUCACAAAGAGAUAAGAUAACAUUUUUACAUAAAUCUAUAUGUUACUUACCAUAUACAAAGUAAAUAGGUAAAGUAUAGAAAUUAUGAAAAAAUAAUUAUCGGAUUUUCGCCAAUUUAUUUACGUAAAUUUUGAAAUUCA